AUGCAAACCAAGCUCGCGCUCUCGUCUGUGCUCAAGCAGGUCUUUGGCACCGUCGCCGUCGCAACACACCCGUUCGACUUGCUCUCGCACGAGCGCAGCCAUCGGACGCUGCACCGGUACACGUGCAUCGUGCGCGUCGAGGCGAGGUCCAUGUCGACGCUCUGGGGCGCGUGGGCCAUGGUAACGAGCAUCGACAAGAUGCCGUGCAAGGUCGAAGUGCAGCAAGUCGGCGCGACGCUCAUGGACCUCGCGUCGCCGCGCUACCUCGACCUGUAAGCGAUUCACAUUUAUCCUGCAUUUGCCGC